AUGGUUUCAAUCCGUCGACUUACACUUUUGUUCGCCUUUCCUGGUGUGAAGGCAGCAUGCCUCAACUCUCGUGAUGCAGGUUCGGGUUCACCUUGCAAGCCCAAGUACCGCAUCUCGCCAAUUGAUGGAUCAAAGAUUGCCCUGCCAACCAAAGAACAACUUGCGUUCCAAGAUUACGAAAUCGCGGCAUUAAUUCACUUUGACGUGGCAACAUGGCUCGAUGUUGACGGAUGCAACUAUGACCCAUCCUUGGUGCCAAAUGCUUCCCUAUUCAACCCUACAUUGCUAAAUACGAAUCAAUGGCUCGACAGCAUUACCUCUCUGGGGGCCAAGUUUGCUACAAUGGUUGUGAAGCACAAUUGCGGAUUCACAAGUUGGCCCAGCAAAGUUACAUUUGCCACUCGAGAUAGCAGCAACAAGAUCCGUUACAACUACACAACUGCUGACUCUCCCUUGAAGGGGCUGGAUGUUGCCAGGAACUUUGUCAACUCUGCAAAGAAGUACAAUGUUGGCCACGGUUUCUACUACAGUGUUGUUGUAAAUAACUUCCUCAACGUGCAGCAGUCCAAGGUCAGACCUGGCGAGUUAUCCCCUGGUCAGGUUGGGAUUACCGAUGCUAUAUACGAUGAGAUUGUCUUGGCUCAACUUACCGAGCUUUGGAGCAAUUACGGAAGCCUUACGGAGAUUUGGUUUGAUGGUGGUUACAGCGCCACUCAGAAAGACAAAAUUCAGAGCCUUCUGCAGGCCAAGCAGCCACAAGCAGUCAUUUUCAAUGGUUGCGAUGUUAACGGCACUUGCGUUUCCCCAAACUCGGUUCGUUGGAUCGGAAAUGAGAAGGGUUUGGCGCCUGAGGAGAAUUGGUCCACUGGCUUAGCAGACGGUGGUGACCCGACUAGCCCGCACUUUGUCCCUGCUGAAUGCGACACAACGCUCCAGACGGAAGGUCGUUGGUUUUUUGGGGUCGGGCAACCUCUGCGCUCAAUUGAAGAGAUGAUUGGUGUCUAUCACACAAGUGUUGGGAGAAACUGCCUGCUGGAGCUAGACUUUGCCCCAGAUCGCAGUGGGUUGAUUCCAGCAGACCAUGCCGCCCGGUACAAACAGCUUGGCGACUUCAUCAAAUCUUGUUACGGGAAGCCCAUAGGGAACAACAAGGGCAGCAGUAAGGGUAGAGGUGUUUACCACAUGGCCUUUGACUAUCCAACUGCUAUCGAUCGCAUCCAGUUGAUGGAAGACCAGACCAAUGGCCAAGUUAUUCGGUCAUACAAGGUCUAUGCAAAGAUUGUAGACAUCGGUGGCGUGAACGGUACUUUGGACGUGCCGUGGACUCUUGUCUCCAAUGGAACAAGCAUCGGUCACAAGAAGAUUGACAUUUUCGAGAAACCUGUCACCGUAGUCGAGGUGUUGGUGAACUCUACCUAUGUCGACGAGCCCAAGUGGAGGGACGUGUCAGUGCAUCUAUGCGACCAGUUGGUGGCAAAGAAGUAA